CAGCGACGGAAGGAGAGACAACAGGAACCGACCAUGCAGAUCCAGAUCAAGACGCUCACCGGCCGCAAGCAAACGUUCAACUUUGAGCCCGACAACACGAUCCUGCACGUCAAGCAGGCCCUCCAGGAGAAGGAAGGUAUCCAGGUCGAUCAGAUCCGGUUGAUUUACAGCGGCAAGCAGCUGGCCGAUGACAAGACCCUCCAAGACUACAACGUUGCGGCCGGCGGUACCAUCCACAUGGUGUUGCAGCUUCGUGGCGGCUGCUAAGCCUGCUGCCGUGGAGCAGCCGAUCGACAACGACACAGAUUAGCCAGCAAGCGCCAUGUUAUCUCGUUCUUAACACGCGAUUGCCUCGUCACUACAUAGUACGGUCA